AUGUUGAGUUUCUCGAGCUUCGUGCAGAAAGCCCAGCAGCUGUUGGAUCCCACCCAGGGCCUGAACCUCUCCGAAUCAGACAGAAACCCGUCCAAGGCAUCGCUGUUCCAGAGCCAGUUUCGCCUCCCUUCAUCCCAGCACCCGCUCUACGAGAUCACCGCCGAGCUCACUAUCCCCCCCGCAAAUGCCACCCAGGGUGGGAGAGACCGGGACCUAGGCUACCAGUAUGCUGGCAAGCUCCAUCUGUCCGAGGCAUACCUCUCCUUUUCCACAACCCCGUCCAGUUUCCUGCAGUCGGCCAGCACAUCGACGUCCUCAAUAUUCACCGGUCAGACGCACGGCGGGGGACCCGGCGGUAAUGGCUUCACAUUUCCGCUCUGCGCGAUCCGGAGAGUCGAACGGCUGCACAGCCAGAAUUUCCAGUUUGCCCUCUCAAUUUCGACCUGGAACGGUAUCAGUCAGGAUGCUGCAAAGGACAGAGAUAAGAAGGAUCUGAAAGAGCAGCGGGUCACGUUGCAGCUAGCCGGCAGUCGACAAGCCUGCGAGCGCUUCUGCGACGGCCUGAAAAAGGGGUUGCGCGCAAAUGUCGGCAAUGUCGCCAAGAUGAAAAAGGUCACAGCCGAGUGUUAUUCCGAAUACCUUCUCCGGCCCGAGGACAAGAAGAACGCCGCCCCGCCCGAUGCUGGCCUAGGCAUGAUGUUCAAGUACCCCGGCGACCCCAAGAAACUCCGCGACCGAGCAAAGAUGAGGCUGUGGGCCGAGUAUCUCCGAGACAAUGGCCGCAAUAUGACGCUCAUCCGCCAACCGACGUUUCACAAAUUGAUCAGAGUGGGCUUGCCAAACAGGUUACGAGGCGAGAUCUGGGAGCUGACUUCGGGCUCCAUCUACCUGAGGCUGGAGAACCCCACGCUUUACGCAGACACCUUGUCCAAGUUUUCUGGCCAAGAGUCGCUGGCAAUCGACGAGAUUGAGAAGGACCUCAAUCGCAGCUUGCCGGAAUAUCCGGGCUUCCAGAGCGAAGAGGGCAUCGGCCGCCUCCGCCGCGUGCUCACUGCCUACAGCUGGGUGAACGCCGACGUUGGCUAUUGCCAGGCCAUGAACAUCGUUGUCGCCGCCCUUCUCAUCUAUAUGUCUGAGGCACAAGCAUUCUUCCUCCUCUCGGCCCUGUGUGACCGCCUAGUCCCUGGCUAUUACUCGACGACCAUGUACGGGACACUGCUCGACCAAAAGGUGUUUGAAUCUUUGGUGGAAAAGACGAUGCCGAUCCUCUGGGAACAUCUAGUCAAAAGUGAUGUUCAGCUAUCUGUUGUCUCUCUUCCCUGGUUUUUAUCACUUUACAUCAACUCGAUGCCCUUGGUCUUUGCGUUCAGGGUGCUGGACGUGUUCUUCGUCGAAGGUCCCAAAGUACUGUUCCAAGUAGGAUUGGCCAUCCUCAGGAUAAACGGAGAGGAGUUGUUGGACGCAACCGAUGAUGGCGCCUUCAUCUCGGUUCUCAAGUCCUACUUUGCCAGCCUCGACGAGUCUGCCCAUCCCAAAUCAGAAAACCCGAAGCUCCGAGCCGUCACGAAAUUCCAGGAACUCAUGGUUGUCGCAUUCAAGGAGUUCUCGGGGAUUACGCACAGCAGCAUCACAGAGCUCCGCCUGAAGAACAAGGAUGCCGUCUUGAGCAACAUUGAAAACUUCGCCAAGCGCACCGCCAUCAGAAAUCUGGGCCCGGAUAGCAAACUGCUCAGCACUGAUGAACUGGGCGCCCUGUACGACCGCUUUUACGGGGUUCUGUACGAGAGGCAGCAGCGGGACCACAUCAUCAAGCAGGAGCAGGCAAGGCGCGCAAGGACCAGCCGGUCGCGCAUCGCAGAGGCGGCCAGUGAGGGAGAUCAUGGCGUCGAGAAGGGGCGCGUCGGUCUUGGUCCGAGCACCAGCUUGAUGGACUACGACGCCUUUCGCGAAUUCCUGGCAGGCAUGUGCAAGUGGGCCAUUUCAGACGCGCCCUCGACGCCGCGCCGGGAGGCGUCUGCAGACAAGGAGAAGGGUUUCUACGGUAGCUUCAGAAGGUCUGAUGCAACGCUGUCGCCGUGGGGAGCGGGCCCUGAGCCUGCAGACCACGAGUUCCUCCAGCGUUUAUUCCAGAAAUGGGAUACCGAUUCUUCCUCGGCGCUUACUCUGCAGAAGGUUGUCUCUGGCCUGGCGCGAAUCAAGGGGAAGCGUGAUAUCAUGGGAACCAUCACCUACUUCUUCGAGCUGCACGACAAUGACGGCGACGGCAAGGUUGAUCGGGAAGGCAUCUUGCGCAUGUCGGAAGCCUUGCUCUUCCUCUCCCGCCGUGGCCUGGAGGGCACGCUGAACCCGACAAACUCCUCCUUGACCCUGACGGGAGAUGGCACGAACGGCGGCAGCGACGUCCCUGGUCAGUCGGUUAACGAACGAUUCCUCGGCAGCGUGAGCGCUUUCAUAAGGAGAUGCUUUGAGUAUGCCGAUCCAGAUCACCCAAAGAAUCAGGACAACGCGAUGCCAAAACUACAAGCCAAGCUCGGAUCGAUUCAGCUAGAAGAGCAUGAAGGAGACGAAUUGGCGAACCCUGACGCUUUCGCCAUCGGCGAUGACGAUGACGAGGACGAGGACGACCUCUUAGCGAUGGACUCACCGACCGCAAGCCCCAAGACAGCAGCCCAGAAGCCCGACACGCAACCGCCCACCCUGCAGCCCAACUCGACGCAUCUGUCUCCGGACGACCGCCGCCGGGUAUCAAAAGCGCAAUCUGUAAAAGCCAACGCCGCUCUCGACCCGUCGAAUCCGCUGCACAUCACCCUCCCUACCUUCCGCAUGGUCGUCCUCGCCGACGAGCUGCUUGAGCAGUUCUUUGAGUCGUCGUUCCCGGCCUCGUUCCACAUCAUUGAAGGCCUUGCGUCAGCCGCCACGCCCAAGAGCGCGUCCUCGCUGACUACUUUCUCUAGUAUCGGCAUCGGCGCUGGCCGCGCCGUCAACGCGGAGCUUGGCGCAGGUGCAGGUAGGGAGGGCGCACCGGGCGGAGCCGGAGCCGGAGCCGGGGCAGGCCGCGGGCUGCGCGGCGUGCUGGAUAAUAUUGUCACGGACGGCAUGCGCGUUGCUGCUGAGGUCAGGAGGCGCAUGGAGGAGGCGCAGAGGGAGCUUGAGAAGAAUGCUGUGGCUGGACAGCAGCAGCGGGCAAGUAAUGAUGAGGAGGAGGAGGAGGAUGAGGAGGGGUUUAGGGGAGGGGAGGGUGGUGGCGGUGCGUACAAGGGGGAUGCGGAGCGGCGGAGUGUGAGGAGCUCGGAUAGGGAUUUGUUGACGGGGGCUGAUGCUGAGGCCAGUGAUGGCGCCGUGACUGAUGUUGGGGAGGGUGAGGUUGGCCGGAAUGGCGAGCUGGGUGCCGCGGAAGGGACGGGAAAGGUGGUGGGGGUCGAGUUUGACGGCUAG